AAAUCUUUUUCUCUUCUCUCAUUCAACUUAUUAAAUUAACCCCACACUCUUCUUCAUCUUCCUCUCACAAACUACCAAAUCUCUCCAUUUUUGUCUUUCAAUUCACAUCCCCAACACGCCGCCGCAUCCUCCGCCGUCCAUUUCCCACGUCUCCGCCCCCGCUCCGCCGCUCUCUCGCUCCAUCAAAUGGGUUUCUCAUCCGACUCUGUUUUUUCUUCAACCGGAUAAAACCCUGUUUCAUUCCAGUUCCAUCCACUUCAUUCCCAAAUUCUCUUCCAGUUUCUUAUAAAUAAACACUUUGUUUCCUGAAUUUCCCGACUUUUUUUCUUUCUAUUUUGCGAGCGAGAGGUGUGAGCAUAGUAAGGUCUAUGUUUUUAUCCAUGGCGGAGGAUAAGAAAACAGGAAAAUUGAAGAUGGUUAUCGAUGAAAAAACCCAGAAAUUUCCAGAGAAGAAGGUUGAAAAAGGCAAAGAUGUUGCAGCAAUUAGCUCAGAGAGGCAACAAUGGAAGCCAGUUUUAGAUGAUGCUUUCUUGUCUAGAAGACCUCUCAAGAAAAUCUGCAGUUCAGAUUUUCAUAACCCAUUUCUUCAUUCCCCUGUUUCUCUUUCUCCCCCUUCUUCAAAAAUCCAAUUCCCUUUCGAUUUCGAAGCAUCUCAACAAUCAACAGUGACAACAACUCCAUUCAAUUCUCAACAACCGAUUUCUUCCUCCUCUUCUUCUUCCUCUCCCUUUACGACAAUCGGGUCACCGGAGCAACAGAUGAUUUCUUUUAGCUCCAAUCAACAACAGGGGUUUGGCUAUCCGCCAUACUUUCUCAACGGCGACCCGGUGGCAUCGCAGCAGAGACUUUUCAAGUACUGGAGCGAUGAUUUUCAUUUGAGUCCAAGAGGAAGAGCUAUGAUGAUGAGCAGAUUAGGCCCAGAUGGAGGUAACUUGUUUCGACCGCCAUUGCAGCCCAUAAGUGCCACUAAGCUUUACAGAGGAGUUAGACAGCGGCAUUGGGGCAAAUGGGUGGCUGAAAUUCGUCUCCCUCGUAAUCGAACUCGUCUUUGGCUCGGCACCUUUGACACUGCUGAAGACGCAGCCAUGGCUUACGAUCGCGAAGCAUUCAAAUUACGAGGCGAAAAUGCUCGACUCAAUUUCCCUGAUCGUUUCCGUAACAAAGACAUCCCAAAAACAGAGCCAGAAACAGAGCACACAAUUCCAAUAACAGAGGAGGCUCAUCCAGAAAGCGUUGUCGUUCUUCCACCGCCAGAGGAAGAAAAACCGGAUGAACAGCUGAUGGAGAACGGCGGCUGCGUGCCGGAGCCGCCGGAGAUGGUAUGGGGAGAAAUGGAAGAGGCUUGGUUUAAUGCAAUUCCGGCCGGUUGGGGUCCGGGAAGCCCUGUUUGGGAUCAUUUAGACACAACAAACAAUUUGGUUCUUCAAUCACAAAUCCCAUUUGGUUCUUCAAAUCAGCAACAGAUGAAUGAAUCCGAUGAUAAUCAGAACAAGAUUGAAAAUUCCGAAUCCACUUCAUCUUCGUCUUCCUCUGCUCCGAUGAAGCUUUUCUUAUGGAAAGAUCAAGAUUGAAAAUUAGAUUUCUCUCUUCUUUUCUUCUGAAAUUUUACUCCAUUGGAUCAUUCGAUUUGGUCGCAUGUUUUUGGAAGACCAAUCCAAUGGUUUAGGCAUCAUAAAGAUGGAAUUUCUUUGAUGAGAUUCUUGAUUUUAUGUUGUUUGUUCGUAUUUUUUAGUGCAUUGUGAAGAAGAACCGUGGAAGGAGGGGCAUUGAGGCGUAUUUUUUUGAUCUCUUUCCCCUUCUUCGUUGGUGCGUCAUUGUUCCAUCAAAGCCAUUGUUUUUAGGCUUUCAUGGCGGAUUUUAGUUGUCUUUGUAUUUUAUGUUUCUUCUCUCUUUUAUAUUCCAUUUUUAGGGUUUCCUUUUGCCUUUUAUAUUGUGUAAUCUACAUCUUUAUGUUAUAACCAUUUUUUUAGGUCAACAUGGUGUGAAAUUUGAG